AACGUCAAACAAACGUCAUUUUGGGUUUCUUCAAAAGGUUUUUACAGAAAAAAAUACAAGAAACGCCUUUUUCUAAAAUUAUUAAAAAUGAGUGACGUAGAUAAGUGGAUUGAAAUAGCUAAAAGGUGUAAAUAUUUACCCGAAGAUGAUUUACGGGAAUUGUGCAACAUCGUGUGCGAUUUGCUGUUGGAAGAGCCCAAUGUACAGCCGGUUCAGACUCCAGUCACCGUGUGUGGAGAUAUCCAUGGCCAGUUCUAUGACUUAGAAGAAUUGUUUCACAUAGGGGGACAAGUUCCACACACCAAGUACAUAUUCAUGGGAGACUAUGUCGAUCGUGGUUAUUACAGCUUAGAAACAUUAACUUUGCUCAUGGCACUCAAAGCCAGGUAUCCAGAUAGAAUUGUUUUACUCAGAGGAAACCAUGAAACUUGUCAAAUAACAAAAGUAUAUGGUUUUUAUGAUGAAUGCCUCAACAAAUAUGGAAAUGCCAAUGCUUGGAAGGACUGUUGUAGGGUGUUUGACCUUUUGACAGUGGCAGCUUUGAUAGACGAAACAGUUUUAUGUGUCCAUGGAGGUCUAUCACCAGAGAUAUCCAUGUUAGACCAGAUCCGAUGCAUAGACAGGAACCAGCAGAUACCACAUAAAGGAGCAUUCUGUGAUCUAUUGUGGUCUGACCCUGCUGAUGUUAAGAUGUGGUCAGUGAGUCCUAGAGGAGCUGGGUGGUUAUUUGGAAGCUUUGUCACAGAACUUUUCAUGGAUUACAAUAAAUUGUCAUUGAUUUGCAGAGCACAUCAACUAGUGAAUGAAGGGUACAAAUAUAUGUUUGAUAAACGAUUAGUCACAGUCUGGUCAGCACCCAACUAUUGCUACCGCUGUGGCAAUGUGGCUUCCAUCCUGGAGUUCAAAACUGUAAAUGACAGAAAUGCCAAACUAUUUCAAGCCGUUCCUGACAGUGAAAGAGAAGUGCCUCCACAACAUACCACUCCAUAUUUUCUCUAAGUAUUGUUAAGGAAAAGUGAUAAGUGAACAAACAGAAAGACGAAAAGUAUUCCCAAGUGUAUGUAAUUAGAUGAAUAUUUUGUAUAUUAAAUUGUUGCAUAUU